AUGGGAACGCGCCGCGGACGCGGGGGGCGGGUCUCGGGCGCGGGGAGGAGCCGGGGAGGCGCGCAGCCCAGCGGCCCCGCCCCCUCCGCGGGCGGACACAGCGCGCGGCCGAGUCCGCGGCGACCCCCGCGCUCCGCGCCCACGGCGGCCGCGCUCCUCCGGCGCGAGCCCCGGGACCCCGCGCAGACCCGCCCGGACCCCGACGCCGACUCCGGGGGCCUGUUCGACGAGCCGCCCCCGGAAGAGCCCCCCGCGGCCCGCGCGCCCCGGUCGGCGUCGGCCGCGGGCAGGAGGGCUGGUCGGCGCGCCGGGAGGGAAGGCGCGGGGGGCCCGCGCGGGGCAGCCCCCCAGGGCCGAGACGCGCGCCCCCCCCCCCCCCCCGCCCCGGACGAGGGCUGCUGCCUGGACCAUUGCCCGCACCUGUUCUACGCGGCCAUCGCCUUCUCCAUCACCUCCUGCUUCUUCAGCUAGGUGCACCUGCCGCGGUCCCGAGGGCCCGGGCGCGGGCGGGGAGACCACGGGCGCGGCCUUUCGUGUCCGGGACGCGCGCCGCACCCCCUCCUCUGGCUUCUCACGCUUAUUACUUUGUCCCCUGCUCGCCGCCGCCUCGGUGUGACCGCGCGUCCGCGGGCGCGUCCAGAGCCGCUGCCCUGAUGAAAGAAGGGUGUUUGCAGCUGAGAUGGGGGGGGAGGGGACAGUCACACACACCCCCCCCCGGCGUUUAGAGUGUCGGGGUGCGGCCCGGGACCCUACCCUUCAGCGGGUGGGAGCGCGCGUGGGGAGCCCAGCCCAACCUUCGGUUCCUUAAAGGACCAGCCGGGCCCCGCGGGGAGGGAGGGUGGGCGCCCUGACCCGGCCGGGCCGAGCCCUGUGGUGCUGCAUCGCCCGCCCCCCAGGAGCGCCAGCCGGGCCCCGGAGCUGGGGCUGGACCGGAGCGCAGGACACGCCCCCCCUCCAGCCCUAGGCAACCACGAAUGGACUUCCUGUCUCUGGGGAUUCGACUGUCCUGCACAUUUCGUACAAACGGAAUCGGACAGCGCGCGGCCCUCGGUGACCAGCGUCUGUCACUCGGCAUGUUUUCAAAGCCCACCCCUGAUGCAGCGGGAAUCCGCGCUUCCCUUCUAUCGCUGAGCAAGAGCCCAUUGUACGGACACCCCGCAUUUUGUUUGUCCAUUAGGUAGUGGCGCCACGUGAUCUGAUCAAAGGUUGGCUGUACAUCAGGUGCACGUGAACCCUGUGACCUCACCACAAGGCCCUACUGCUCGUCCCUUGCUCUGUAAAAGUCUGCGGACUGAGGGCCAGAUGUGGCCGAGAAGAGCCGGGCAGCUGGAUGGUUGGCCGCCCGAUCCCGCGUCAGUAAGUUACCCCGAAGGAAACUGUUACCUGUGUGGGGUCGCCUGCUGCUCUCUGGUCUCAGAGCCUUCUUGAUCCGGGGGACACUCUACCACCCUUUCCCCACCUUGUAACAGGACCCAUGUCUGCUCUUUACUUUCCAUUAACACCGCGCCCAACUGUCUACCUACCAGCUGCCUGGUGCCGCGGCAGCAGGACGGGGGUACCCAGUGGGCACGGGCCUGACGCCGAGGGGGAACACGUGCUAGGAAAGCAGGGGAGAAGGCGUCCGAGGAAACCGAAGGUUGGGAUUCGCGUAGAGGGGAGCAGGGAACGGGGGGAGACGGAGGCUGGCUGGGAGGGGCCGGGAAGCAGAGUGGGUAAGCGUGGGUUAUUAUCCUGAUUUACUUCUGACCCUUUGGGGGAGGAAUUGAAUUCUUAGAGGAUGAUGGGGCCAGGUGGGUGACUGCACCUGCUGAGACGCUACCGUGGCAAACGGUAUGAGUAGCGGCCAAUUGCGAAGCACUCACUCCACGUAACACGAACUACUGAGUUCUAAAUGCCGUGGACUCCGCCCUUCUGUCCAGGUCACGUCUAUAUUUUAACAGCAUUCAGACAAACCCUCUUACUGCACAUAUGGGACCACCAGCUUUCAGGCACUGUCUCCUCAAUAAACAGCCUCCCUCCUUCCAAGUAUGAAUAUGCUGGUUUAAUUAGGUGUGUUAGUUUCCCGUGGCUACCAUAACGUGUAACAGACCCAGUGGCUUGAAACGACAGGGACGCACUCCCUUCCGGUUCUGGAGGCCAGAAAUCCAAAACAAGGGGGUCACACUCCCUCUGGAGGCUCUAGCGGGGGGUCUGGUCCCUGCCUCUGCCAGCCGGCGGUGGCUGCCGGCAUCCCGGGCUUGUGGUCACAUCACUCCCACCUGCCUCUGCGGUCACACUGCCUCCUCGUCUCGUCUCAAAUCUCCCCGGGCCAUUCUCUAAUAAACACACUGGUCGUUGGAUUUGGGGCCCCGUGCAGAUAUUUCAGGACACUCCCUUCAUCUCCAGAUCCUUGAUUAUUCCUGCUAAAGACCCUUUUUCCGAAUAAGGCACGGUCACAGGUCCCAGGAAUCAGGACACGGACAUGCCUCUGGGGGGAAUCACCAUCUAACCCUCUGUACUAGGAGAUUUUAAAUAAACUACAAGCAUGAAGCACCGGGCUGGCUCAGUCAGUGGAGCACACGACUCUUGACCUUGGGGUCAGGAGUUCAAGCCCCACGCUGGACACAGAGGUUACUUAGAAAAGAAUAGUAAUAAUAAGCUACAAAUGCAAAAAUAGAAAAUUUUCAUUUGGGUAGAAGGUCAUACUGAAAAAGGAAAUAUAUCAUGAUAUUCUAGACAGCAAAAAAUCAAAAACCAAAGCCUUUAAAAUAUAUGCAUUUAAUGUACAGGACUAGAAAAGACUCUUUGAUAAUACACAUAUUCCAGGUAAACACAGGCAUCUUUAAUCUAUGAAUAUUUAAUCGCAAAUAUUAAUGCCCUGAGUUCCUCUUCCAUAUAAAGGAGAAACUCCAAACCCUGUUCUUUAGGAAGACGUGGCAGGCAAGCAGCACUAUUUAUCCUCUUUCUCUGGGGACAGGACGUUGUACAUGGGUUACAGAAGAAAAGUAUUAGACUCCACUAAAUUUAAGCACAAGACACAGCUAAAAUUUCCCACUGUGGGAACUAAAUAUUUGAUGCUUAGGAGUGUGAAUAAAUAAGAUAAUUAAAUAUUAGGCACAGCGCGGAUUCCAAAACUAACUGAAGUAUGAGAAAAAAUUAUACAAAUACCUAGGGGUCAUUUCAUAUAAACCUUGCUACUGGCUGCAUUCCAGGCUUCCCUUUCUAUUCCGGAGAGAUCGGCCAGUUCUUUGUCCACGCACGGUCUUCCACGGCUGGGCUCCCAGACAGCAAACUGUUUCCCGUCACUGAAAGCCUGAUCACGAAAGGAUUUAUUUUAGGAACGAAAACAACUUCUUUCCUCUUUACUAAAGAUCACGGGUGUGUUUUCUGCUUGCUUCUGUCCCUUGGCUAACUUCCCCACGUAAGACACGGGGGUGGACACGGGCAGGCAGUCUGUGCUGGCUCUCUCCAGGGGCAGUGGCUGGGUAAUAAGGAAGCCACCCACUUAACCCUUUUCUCACUUGAUCGCAUCCAAAGAGUGAGUCAAAAGGAUCAAGGUUACACAGGACUCAUGACCAAGGCGGAACGUUUACAAACAUCCCUGACGGGCCAAGCCGGCUCUGCCUCCUCAGUCGUGCCCCUCGGUGAGUUGUUACUGAACCAGGGACCCUUCCCACCUACUAGAGUCUCUGAGGGACGGACAGAUGCUCCAGAGAUCAGCCCAGGCGGGUGUGGGGACACCUCAGGAGAGCAGGCCAAAAAAGAGGGGGCUGCGGAGUACAAGAGAGCGCGAACAAAGCGAAGCCGAGAAACGUACGGUUCACGAGAGUAAGACUCAUCCUUGACAUAAAUCCUCUGUGACUCUACUGACGGGUCCUGUUACUGCCUAGAAGUUAAGAUACUUUCAGUCUUUUGCCUUCCCUUUCCACACUGUCCCUAAUAUUCUGUAGCUUCCUGGAGUUCUGGACCAGGAACGCCAGGCUCUCCCUAAAAUCACUAGUCCCCUGAUCUCUGCCAGCAUUCUCGAGCUCGUCAAACAAAGCCAGUGUCCGUCUGAGUUUGGCCUGAACAAUUUUCUGUUCCUCCAGUUCUGCGAGCAGGGCCUGCUGGGCGCGUGCUUCAGUCUUGUAUCUCUCCUGCAACUCUUCAAUUUCUCUCUGGAGAAGCUGGAAUUCUUUCUCACCACAAGGAUGCGUCUCCUGGGCUUUAUCCUCCGGAAGCAAGACGUUUGGCGGGAUACGCAAAACCAACUGUAAAAACAGCUGCUCCAUUUUGCCAAAGAGGCUGUCAAAUCGUCCUUUCAUGAAGCCGAGAAACUUCUCCGUGCAUUUACGAAU